ACAAAGAAGCACACUAAAAGCUGAAUCUAUGAACCUUUUGCCACUGUGGCCACUUAGGAUUGACGAUUCAGAGAAGAUAACACAAACAGAAACAAGAAACAGAAGGAGCUUAAUUCGGUCCAUAAAAAAGUGCUCUCUCUCUCUCUCUGAAAAAAGGUCACCUUUUUUAACCGAGCAAUCACGGGACGCCCCUGAAAUCUUUGCCUUUGAAUUCAUCUUUCUACUGCCAAAGGCCCUAAUCCUUCGAUCCUAUUAGAGCCAACCGUGAAAAUCUGCGUCCUCUUCUCCCUUAUUCUGGAAAAUCUUCAUUCUAAUGUGUUUUCUCUUCCUUCCAUUCCAAUCCCUUGAAACAAUGAAACCUCAUUAUCUUUCUCUCCUUGUUAUGUGUUCGCAUGUAUAUUUUUUAUGAAGUUUUGACUUAUCCAUCAUCGCUGGGAUAUAAAAAAGGAUGCAAAUGUUGGCAUAAAAUUCUGUUAUGUGAGUACUUUCUUCGCUUUAUCUCUGAAAAAUUUGGUGGGUAUUCUUUGGUUUCAUAGUUUUUCUUGAUAAUUCAUGAGAACCCGGAUUUCUUUUUCAAUUUUCUUUAGAACCCAUGUUUCUGAAUCAGUUCAUGAACUUCCUAAAAUCAAUUCACACAUUCAGAAGGAAAAGUCCUUUUGAUUGUUUGCUUUGAUACAAUAUUCUCUGUUUUUCCACGUAGCCAUUUCAUAUUAAGUGCUUGAGAAGCUCACCAAGAGCUUCAAUGGCAACAUCGUGUUUCCACAUACUUCGUCUUCGUAAGUCGAAGAGUAAACCUUUGCCAAUCCCCUCCUCGUCCAAGACCCAGUUGAGUUAUGACAAGGAAAACAUGGAAAGGAGGAGAUUUGAUAGCUUGGAUUCAUGGUCUAUGAUAUUGGACUCCGAGAAUGUGGAGACUUGGGAGGUAUCUAAGGAGGAUCAGGAGGAAUGGACCGCCGAUCUCUCACAGCUGUUUAUUGGCAACAAAUUCGCGUCAGGAGCACAUAGUAGGAUUUACCGUGGAAUUUACAAGCAGAGAGCAGUAGCUGUAAAAAUGGUUAGGAUUCCAAACCAGAAGGAGGAGACUAGAGCCUUAUUGGAGCAGCAAUUUAAGUCUGAAGUUGCCUUGCUUUCACGUCUCUUUCAUCCAAAUAUAGUGCAGUUUAUUGCAGCUUGUAAAAAGCCUCCUGUAUACUGUAUCAUCACCGAAUACAUGUCACAAGGAACUCUGAGGAUGUAUCUUAACAAGAAAGAGCCAUACUCUCUUUCAACAGAAACAAUACUGAGAUUAGCUCUUGACAUAUCUCGAGGAAUGGAAUACCUUCAUUCACAAGGGGUGAUCCAUAGAGAUCUAAAAUCAAAUAAUUUGCUUCUCAAUGAUGAAAUGAGGGUCAAGGUGGCAGAUUUUGGUACAUCAUGUCUUGAGACACGGUGCCGCGAAACUAAGGGAAACAUGGGAACUUACCGUUGGAUGGCACCUGAGAUGGUCAAGGAGAAACCUUAUACUCGGAAAGUUGAUGUGUACAGCUUUGGAAUUGUGCUAUGGGAGCUCACAACAGCUUUGCUUCCUUUUCAGGGGAUGACCCCUGUGCAGGCUGCAUUUGCUGUGGCUGAGAAGAAUGAACGCCCUCCGAUGCCAGCCAGUUGUCAGCCUGCGCUUGCACACCUCAUAAAGCGCUGCUGGGCAGCAAACCCCUCAAAGCGACCGGAUUUCAGUGCUAUAGUGUCUACUUUGGAGAAGUAUGACGAGUGUGUCAAGGAGGGCCUUCCUCUUACUCACCACUCGAGGCUGGUCAACAAAAAUGUCAUUCUCGAACGAUUGAAAGGCUGUGUAUCCACCACAAGCAGCUCGUCCAUUCCUGUGCAUGCCUGACUCUACUAGAAGGUAUUGUUAUCAUCAGUAAUUAGGUAUAGUCAUCUUAGUAGAUUCGAGAGUAAAUAGUUAAUGUUCUUCUCAACUGGCUAUUGUGAUUGUAUUUGAAUACUAUGAGGUUGGUGCUCUGCUGUAGGCAUAUCCAUCCACUCCACAAGUAGUAAUUUGGACUUUGGACCCCCAAUUUGGUAGCCACCCACUUUCAAUAAAUUGAUUAUAUGCACUUUAGUUUUUUGAAAGAGUUAAAUAUGCUCAUACAGCCAAAAGUAAAAAGAAAACAGAAGGUAAAUAUGCUGCAGUGAUAUACCAUCUCUUUUAUCACCCAAGUUGGAGAUGGCGAGUGGGGUGUCCAGUUUGCAGUAAUCUUACUAGGAUGCAGAAUAAGAGUUUUGAAUUCCUUAUUCUAGUUACCACAAUGUAUAAAUGAUGUUUAUGCUCUUAAUAUUUAAUUGAUUUGAUGCA